AGUCGCGGUUUGCCCCUUUGGCUACCCCACCAGAGGACCCUCAGAAUAUGACAGACGCAGUUCUCUCUGCCCCGUCGUCUGUCGAGGUACUGUCUGCCUCCCCGCAGACCGCCACAUCUAGCGCUUCUCCCCCGAGACUUCCGACGCGUCGCGCCAUUUGCACAGCCCGUUGUAACACUCAGCUGGCGACUCGCGAUGACUUUGUGUCAUCUCUCCUGGACUUGAGCAUUUUGCACCCUCGUAAGGAGCGACUUACGAGGCACGUCAACGUCCUGCGUCGUCUUCUCGCUCUGCUCUCUGAUCCUGAUCGCACCCUAUCCAUUAUCCCUAUCUGCCUAGGGACAUCUAAAAGGGUGUAUCGCGCUUUAUGGGACUCCGGCUCGCAGGGAGAUUUCGUUCACCCUCGAGUGGUUGAGGAAGCUCGCCUAGUUACCUCUGGGUCUCGCUCUCCUAUCUUCGUUACCCUCGGAGAUAACAAGACGCAGCGCUUCUUCGAUCAGACGGUCCCCGACCUCCACUUCUCCCUCACCCUCCAGCCAUCGGAUAGUACCCAGACGCCUAGGCGCUACCAUUCCUCCGCAUACUUCGACGUGCUGGAGACUGGGUACGACUUUCUCCUGGGCACUCCCUGGUCUCGCCGGUUCCGCAGCACAGAGGCCGAAUGGGCGACUGAGACACUCGUUCUCAAAACGAAGUGCGGCCAGACCCUUCGAGUCCCCUUCAUUGGAAUCACGGGUGACACCCUCCCAGACCUACCUCCCCAGGACCCUCGUCCCUCUGGGUCCCACCCAGACAUCGCCUUCACUUCCCCUCGUCAGUUUGCUCACUUCAUACGACAGGAGGACGCCACGUUCUACUCAGUGAACGUCAUGGAUCUUCUUCGCUACGAUUCACUCUGUCCCGAGGUUGAGCUCAUCUCUUUGGAGCCCGAUCCCCCUGAUCCUCCUUCCAUCUUCGCGGCUCCCAUCUCUACAUCCACUCGUCAGUCUGCGGAUACCCCCUCCACGUCUCACGCCCCUGCGCCGUCGACUGUCGAGUCCACACAUACAUCUCAUGCUGACACAGACGCCGAGGAACUCACACGGUUCACGACAGACUUAGAGUCGGCCGUUCGCGACCUGAUUCGAGAGUACCACGACGUCUUUCCCCCGUAUUUCUCAUACAGCGGGAUUCCCCCGAUGCGCGGUGUUGAGCAUUCUAUCCAGCUCGUGCCUGACUAUCAUGUUCACCAUCAGACACCGUACCGACUCUCGAUCUCAAAGGUGACGGAACUCAACCGUCAGCUUGAGGAGCUCCUUCGACUGGGUUUCAUUAAACCCAGUAACUCCCCUUGGGGUGCACCUGUCCUCUUUGCUCACGAAGCGGACGAAACUCUCCGCCUCUUCAUCAACUAUCGCGGCCUUAACCGUUACACGGUUAAGAACAACUAUCUCAUGCCCCGCGCGGAUGAGUUGUUUGACCGUCUGGCAGGCAACCGCUUCUUCACGAAGAUCGAUCUUUGUAGCGGUUACCACCAGAUCCGCGUUGCCACAGAGGAUCAGCCGAAAACCGCCUUCCGAUCGCGCUUCGGCCACUACAAGUUCACGGUGAUGCCAUUCGGCCCUACCAAUGCACCCGCCACCUUCCAGACGGCGACAGAUGACAUCUUCAGGGACAUCUUUGAAGAAUACGUUCUCGUAUACCUGGAUGACAUCUUGGUCUACAGUCGUACCUUAGAAGACCAUCUCAGACACCUCCGUGAUGUCCUACAGCGCUUACGCAAGCAUGGCUUCUAUGCCAAACUCAACACUCGUUGCCCUGCGCUUGACGACUGGAUCGCCCACAUGGCGGCGAUUAUGAAGCGCGCACACGAGAGUUUAGCCGACUCCCAGACUCGCAUGGCCGCACGAGCGAACGGAUCACGAAUGGAUCAUCCAUUCAAAGUCGGUGACGAUGUGCUCGUCGACGCACGCCACUUACAGCUCGAAGCAGAUACGCUUUGCAAGUUCAAGCGUCGUUUCUUCGGUCCAUGCCGCAUGCUUCAGGCCGUCGGUUCGGAUACUGCCGCUAGUCCCGUCAGCUUCCGUGUGAAGCUACCUGAUUACCCUCGACAGGCUUGCGUACAGGAUGUUUACCACGUCUCCUUGCCGCGUCCUUAUCGCAGACCGUCCGAGCGCUUCGCCGGACGCCCUUAUGAGCGCCCUCCACCUAUCAUGGUGGACGGUCAUAAGGAGUUCGUUGUUCCCGACAUCGUAUCACGUCAAGUUACCGACGAUACCCAUCCACGCAUCAAGUACCUUGUGCGUUGGAAGGGUUACCCUGAUGAGGAGGCUACUUGGGAGCCCCUCGAGCACUUGCAGCACGCCAGGAUGUUGGUGCGUGCAUACGAUCGUGCUCGUCGUGCUGAGAUGUCUGCCCGUGCUCAGCUGACUGACCCUGUUCCUCCUCCUCCGGCUGAGGAGAUUGCUGAGGACGAGCCCGCUCCCUCUGAGGCCGUUCCUCAGCCGAAGACGGUCGCCUCCAAGCGUCCACAGCGCACUCAUCGUCGCCCUUCGCGUUACGAUGACUGACACUCUUAUCCUCUAUCUUUCCCCUACUGAUUCACACCAUCAGGUACUCCAUCAUCAACUUCUUCAGGAUGUCAGCGUUUUGCGGCUCUGCUUCGACAUCG